ACGGGAUCAAGCAAAUUUUUGACUCGGUGCGGGUGCCUUAUCCUACCACAAGGCGAGUGCCACAUUGCAUUACUGUCUAUCGACCCACUCACGUCAAUUAGUGUGCAUAUCGGACGAAAGGUGGGGAAACUACCCGAGCUGAUACAGUACCACAACGACACUGUUCGCGAAUUGGAAACGUAUCUUGUGCAAUACUUGCAUGGCGGCAAGGUCGGGAAGAAACGUCCGACUAUUCGUGUGGGAGGAAGUUGUGGGUUUGGAGGAGAGAAGAAAGAUGCGAUUCAAUUUUAUACAGAGAAGCUGAAGCGUACGGAGGCGGCCAUCGAGGAUUACCGAGCUCACUUUCACGAACACAAGCCGCACAACUAUGGGUUUGCGAGCAUGGCUGCGGUGCCAUAUGCUCACGUGGUCGCCAAGUUUCUCCAGAACAAACAUCCCAAGGGAACUGACAUCUUCCUGGCCCCGAACCCCAAAGACAUCAUCUGGGAGAACUUGCACAUGUCCAGCGCCGAAGCCGCUCGCAGGAAGAUGAUGGGCUUCAUUUGGCUUGCCGUUGUCUGCUUCAUCAACACUGUCCCUUUGUUCGUCAUCUCCAUUCUGGCUAAUCUGGCAUCUUUGACCUCUUAUGUUGGCUUCCUUGACACUUGGAACCAAAAGUCGAAUUGGAGUUUCGUCGUCAUUUCGGGUAUUCUCCCUCCGGCUGUCUCUGGUCUUUUCGGAUUUUUCCUGCCUAUCAUCAUGCGUUCACUUGCCCAGUACAUGGGUGCAACGACCACGUCAAAGCUGGAUCGUGAUGUCGUCGCUCGUUACUUCGCCUUCCUGGUCAUCAGUCAAUUGGUCAUCUUCACUUUGAUCGGUGUCAUCUUCCAGGCAGUUGAACAAGUUGUCAUAUCGGUUGGGAAAAAGAGUUUCUUGGACAUUCUCAAGAACUUUAGCAGUAAGAAAUCGCGCAAUUGGUGACCGUAUUACGCUCAUGGUUUCAGCUCUCCCGGAUACCAUCAACAGUACCUACAUCAACCAGAGCAGUUACUGGCUCACAUUCUUCCCGUUGAGGGGUUUUCUCGUUCUUUUCGAUCUAGCUCAAGUGGUCAAUGUCAUCUGGAUAUACAUUAAGACCCACUUGUUUGGCCGGACUCCUCGGGAUAUCCGAGAAUGGACGCAGCCUCCUGAAUUCCAAUAUGCAAUCUACUACUCCAAUCUUCUCUUUAUGGGAGCAGUCGGUCUUGUGUUUGCACCAUUGGCUCCGCUUGUUGUCCUGGCGGCUGCAGCGGUUCUAUGGAUGAGCUCGUUUGUUCAGAAGUAUCAGCUCAUGUUUGUAUAUAUCACAAGAGUGGAAACUGGCGGACGACUAUGGAACGUUGUCGUCAAUCGCUUGCUGUUCGUGGUGGUACUCAUGCAGCUUCUUAUGACGCUGACGAUCGGCCUCCAAUUCGGCUUCCGCACGUCUUUCAUGUGGGUUUCGACGUUGCCCCCAAUCGUCAUCAUCGCUGGCUUCAAGAUUUAUCUCAGUCGGACGUUCACGUCCGCCUUCCGAUGGUACAUUCCCAGCGCGGAGGAGCUGGAAACUGCCAAGAUCCAUUCUGAACGCGCUGAUGCUCGUGCUAACAAGCUGGAAAAACGAUUCGGACAUCCAGCGCUGCACUCUGAUCUGUUCACGCCCAUGCUGCACUCUAAUAUGAUGGGGCUGCUGGGUCAGGUCUAUUCCGGAAAAAUUGCGCGUGAUCACGCCAAGCUGGAGGAGUAUGGCGGCCAAAAGAUGGAGGCCCAACUCGUUGCAGGCAUCAAGAUUGCUGCCAUCGACCAACGCGAUCUCGAAUUCGAUCCCACCCUCUAUCGUAAGAAUCAAGUCGGAGACGACUGGGAUGCCCAGUCAAUCGCGUCAACGACCGUCUUUGGUGGCAGCAACGCCUCUCUUGGGCAUGCGAAAUCGCAUUACUACGCCAGCGAUGCCAAGUCGCAGCGCGUGCCAGGCUACAACAACUAUCUAGCCAAUGGACCGGUAACAACAGGGAGUGGCCCAGACAUUGAGCUAGCGAGAAUGGACUCUAUGAACGAGCCCCUGCUGAGCCCCAACACGAUGUACUUCAACAACCAGUCUCAGGCAUCAGUUGCCUCGCCUCCUUCAAUGUACCGAGAGCCAAUGGAUGCUACGAGCCAGGCGCCAUUGUAUCGACCCCAAGGCAACUUCUCCCAGCAGUCGUAUGACAGCUACAGCCCAGACUCCCAGUACCAGCCUCAGCAACAACAAUAUCCGCCGCAGCAAUUCCACCGGCAGGAUUCGUCCUACUCGUUCCGGCCCGAAUCACCUGGCCAGCAGCACCCUGGACGAAUGUCGCCCAGUCCUAGCCGCUUUGCUGCGAGUCCUGCCCCGCAGCGUAUGAUGACACCAAAUCCUCAGCAGCAAUGGGGGCCGGAUCCCCGGGCCGGCACUCCCAAUCCAAAUAACAUGGCAGGGCGAGGGACUUCAAACUUCCGAGGCUAGAGUCGGACUAUAGUUAUAGCAUAUUCUACAUCUGUAUACCAUCUAUUGUAACUAACAUCUCAGUGCUGCCAUCGUGACCAGUCAGCCGCUCAUCAGCAUUGUCAAGGCGCGCACUACUUCACCGAUGCCCUGGCGGACAAGCUCCUGGUCUGAUUCCCGUAUGCGAUUCAUAUACCUGCCCUCAAAUUUGUCGGGAUGAAAGCGCAGGAAGGUUUCUCGCAAUCGCUCCUUACGCAUCUUCUGUUCUUGGUCCAGAGAUGAUAAGAGAAAGGUCUGAAUCGCCUCCACAGUAAGCUUGUCCAAUGGAUUGUCGUCGGAGAGCUCAAGGCGUGAAUUCACGGGCCAAGGGAUGUCUUCAAACGUGAGUGCUUUCGCAGAGGACACCAAUGUGUUCCAUCGAAGCUCAUACUCUUCUUGAGCACGGCGUGUCCGACGUCGCUCCCGUUCGAAUUGGGCUCGUUGUCGUUCUGCUGCUUCAAUUUUC